GUAUGCCUUAGCGUGGGAGUAACCAGGAAGUGUAUCGGUAACUAAGGAAAACUGGAGUUAUGAGUAAAGGCGAGUUUUCUGUGUGGAAAGUCAAAACAUCGACUGCAUUUGAUAAACAUCGAUAGGAGGCAAACCAAUUCCCCUCCGAAAGGAUCUAUGGCUCUGCCGACCCUCUCGGACCAUAUGCCAAGCCGGUCCCGGGUGCUGGCGGGACAGUUCGCACGGCAGCGGGAGCAGGAGGCCCGAUGGCGACAGCAGUGGGAGCUGCACGCUCGGUACUUCAGAGAGCAGAGUGUCUGCAGCCAGAGACAGGCGGUGUGGAGCUCCCGUCACUCCUACCAGCAGAGUAUGUCAGCGUACCAUAAACAGAGACUGAAGGAGGAAAAGAAGGCCAGCCUGGAGCAGCGCAGGAAUCGGCUCAGGGCCAUGCUUCAAGAGGAGCAAGACCAGCUGGAGGCGGAGCUCAGGCACGUGGUCCCUGACAGGAGCACAUUGGCAAGUCAGCUGGUGCAAAAAAAUGACGAGCUUCGUACAGCAAGAGAGGAAAGAAGAAAAAAGCUUGCACAAGAGCUGUUGAGGGAGCACUGGAAGAAAAACAACCCAGAGUUGCGAGAGGUCGAGUCAGCAUUACAUAAAGAUCAUGUUGUCAGCCAAUGGCAGGAGCAGAUAUCUGAGAAGAAACAGCAAGACGUAGCAGAGCAAGAGGAGAAGAGGCGUUUUGAAAAUGAGUAUGAAAGGACCCGAAAAGAAGCGCUGGAGAGGAUGAAGCAGGGGGAGGAGAAAAGGAAAGCAGAGGAGUUCAAGAGAGCAGAAGAACUUCGCAAACAGAUGGAAGAACUGAAGCUGAGGGAAGAAGAGGCCACUCGUCUAAAGAAGGAGCAAGAGGCUCUGCUGGUCCAGCAGUGGGAGCUGGAAAAGAUAGAAGCGGAGAGGAGGAAGGUGGAGGAAAGGGAAAAGAAGUCUGAGAUUGGGCUUUUCUUGAUCCGUCAAUAUCGAGCUCAGCUGAAGAGGAGAGCCCAGCAAGUACAGGAGGAACUGGAGGCCGAUCGUAAGAUCCUGGCAGCCCUGCUGGAAGGUGAGCAGGAGGACAGGAGGCUGGAGACUGCAAGAAGGGAACGGGCUAUCGCUGAUGCUGCCUGGAUGAAACGAGUGAUUGAAGAGCAACUUCAGUUGGAGCGGGAACGGGAGGCUGAGUUUGACAUCCUACACAGAGAAGAAGCGCAGCAUGUAUGGGAGAAACGAGAGGCACAGUGGGAGAAGGAGAAGAAAGCCAGAGAACGGCUCAUGCAUGAGGUGCUUGCAGGGAGACAGCAGCAGCUGGAGCUGAAGAUGCAGAAGAACCACGAGGCUCAGGAGGAGUCCUUGAGGAGACGAGAAGAGCUGAUCCAGGAGCUGGAGCUGGAGAAGGAGAUCAGACGGCGGGAGAAGGACCAACAAGAGGGCCGUAGGACAGCAAGGAUCCAAGAGUUAAAUGCUCAGGUGGAGCAGCAGCGUCAAGAGCACUGGGAGGAGCAGUGCAGGAUAGAGCAGGACGAGGAGGAGGAGAGGGAGGCUCUUCGAUUCCAAGAGGAGGAGCUGAGGCUGGAGAUGCAGAGGAUGGCCAAGAAAGGGUACCAGGAGAAGAUUCACAGCAGACCUCGAUCAGCCUGGACAUGAGCCACCUGCAAGACUGAAGUCAAAACAGAAUUUUGAGAUGUAUAUUUUUGUAGAUGUAAUUAGCCUAAAAGGAUAGGUUAACUUAUUUUCACAUGCCCCCAUGUAAAGCCCAACUGUAACGGUUAUUGGUCACUGUAAUUGUUCAUCCUGUCCAUACUAGCCCUGAAGAGAUCUCUUCCUAACAUGAUUCCAGUGUAACAAAUGGUUGACAGCAUUCAAAUUCCUCAAUUAAUGUUAAAAUGCAUUUCACAGUUUAUCAAAUCAAGUGGGAAUUUUGUAACCUCUGAAGCCCCAUAUUAUCAUUGGCUACACUUUAAAGUGAUUUCUGCACAGAUCGAGGACUGUGAAUUUUGUCAUCCAUCUCUUACAUUGGAAAAGCAUUGUGACGGCAUCUUUUCAUAGCCAGUAUGGAGAAGAGAACUCCAUACUGGCUGUCAUCAUCCCGUUACUCUUUAAAUGUACAUACGGACAUGUGAUAUGAGAAUCUAUCCUUUAAUGUCUUCUGAAGAAAUUAAGCAUCCAUGUAGGUUAUGAGGCCAUAAAUUUUGCCAUCUUGAUGUUGAUAAUUCAAUGCUGGUUGUUUGCGUAUGUAGGGAAGAACUGAUGGAUUUGUUUUGCACUUUUGGGGCUGUUCAAGAAAUAUAUAUUUUAUAUUAGGAAU